CAAACGAGCUGCAUCAAUGGAUCAAUGAAAAGGAAUCUGCCCUCACAAAUGAAGAAGUGGGGGUUGACCUUGAGCAGGUGGAGGUGCUACAGAAAAAGUUUGAUGAUUUCCAGAAGGACCUGAAAGCAAACGAAUCUCGUCUUAAAGAUAUCAACAAAGUUGCUGAUGACCUCGAAUCUGAGGGACUGAUCACAGAAGAAGUACAGGCCAUACAGCAGCAAGAAAUAUAUGGAAUUCCAAAGGAUGAAGGGGAUUCCAAAUCUGCAUCCAUUGAAGUCUGUAUGUACUGCAGUGCAUGCUGUGGCCACCUUCAACUCCAUCAAGGAACUGAAUGAGCAUUGGAGAUCCCUGCAGCAGUUGGCAGAAGAGAGAAGCCAACUCCUGGGCAGUGCCCAUGAAGUGCAGAGAUUCCACAGAGAUGCUGAUGAGACAAAAGAAUGGAUUGAGGAGAAGAACCAGGCUUUAAAUACAGACAGCUAUGGACAUGAUUUGGCUAGUGUCCAGGUUCUGCAACGAAAACAUGAGGGAUUUGAACAUGACCUGGCAGCUCUUGGUGAUAAGGUGAACUCGUUGGGAGAGACUGCUUUGCGUCUAAUCCAAUCACAUCCAGAAUCUGCAGAUGACAUCCAGGAGAAGUGCAAAGAGCUCAACCAGGCCUGGAGCAGCCUCGGCAAAAGGGCCGACCAACGUAAGAAGAAACUGGAAGAUUCUCACGACCUGCAGCGCUUCCUGAGUGACUUCAGGGACCUUAUGUCCUGGAUUAAUGGUAUCCGGGGCUUGGUGUCAUCAGAUGAACUCGCAAAAGAUGUGACUGGAGCAGAAGCUCUGCUGCAGAGACAUCAGGAGCACCAUACAGAGAUCGAUGCCAGAGCUGGUACAUUCCAAGCCUUUGAGCAUUUGGGGCAGCAGCUCCUGGCUCGUGGGCACUAUGCUAGCGCUGAGAUAAAAGACAAGCUGGAUAUUUUGGACAAAGAACGGGAAAGUUUGGAAAAAGCCUGGGCACAACGUAGGAUGAUGCUGGACCAAUGCUUGAAACUUCAGCUCUUUAACAGAGACUGCGAGCAGGCAGAGAACUGGAUGGCUGCAUGUGAAGCAUUCCUAAAUAGCGAGGACAAGGGGGAUUCCCUGGACAGCGUGGAAGCCCUCAUCAAGAAACAUGAAGAUUUUGAUAAGGCCAUUAACAUUCAGGAAGAGAAGAUUGCUGCCUUGCAGUCUUUUGCUGACCAGCUGAUAACUAAUGACCAUUACGCCAAAGGAGACAUUUCUGCAUGACGCAAUGAGGUCUUG